AAAUCUUCCAUACAAAAGUAACGGAUCAUCUGAAGAGCUGGUAAGGGGUUCCAAAUCUGUCUUGCGUACAAGGUCCAGACCCGGGAGGAUUCUAAGACGCGAGGCUACAGGCAACGCCGUGAGAGUUCGUCGCAAAGCUAGGAGAGACCAGAACCAACCCCACCAUGAGCGCCGACGCGAUCAUGCUGGACAGUCCAGCCCAGACCCCAGACUCGAAGAGCCAUCGUGCUGGCUCUCUAUCCGCCAUCAGUGGUGCCUUUGACUCCGAGGUUGGGGUCCCCGAUGUUGCCGUGCACGAAACUGGCAUGAGUAUCGAUAGCCAGGCCAACGUGGAAGACCUCCCAGCCGUGGGCGACAGCUGGGACACCAAGAAGUGGAGGGAAGACGCCCAGGCCAUCCAGAACAAACUCCAGCACCAGCACUACAACAUUGCCAAGCACCGUGACCCUUUAGACAAGCCACUUGUCACAAGGCCCCCAGGGCUUUCGGCAGAUGCAGAGAAUCGCCUGCGGCAAUACUACCAGCAGAAAGUGGCAGCGACGAAGGCGAAGGGGAGCUGAGAGGGUGGUCCGUGUGUGGAUUCAGCCGCGCGAAAGCAGGAAACACGAGCCUUAGUUACACCGUUCGCAAGCAUGUCUGAUUUUAAUAGACUCCGAUCGAGUGCCGGGGAGACAUAUGGGCAGCUUGUUGGAUGGUGAGGGGUUAUGGACGUGGACAUUGCUAGACCAUCACCAAAUGGACCGUCACGAUGAUGGACGUGUUGGGAACAAUCAUAGACCCUUCUCCCAACUCAAUGAACAUGACGAAUUUAGGUG